AUGUACCCCUCCGGUCCCCAAACGGGCGUCUCGACGCCGCGCACCCAGGCCUCGCCGCGACCCCUCACCCUCUCCCACGGCUCGCUCGAGUACACGCUCCUUGUCCCAACCGCCCAGCACUUCCAUGCCCAGCAGUUGCGCGACGCCUUCAAGGCCACCCUUCCCGAACCCACCGACGAGCUCGCACAGGACGAUGAGCCCUCUUCCGUCCCCGAGUUGGUCGCCCGCUACCUCGGUUUCGUUGCCGCUCAGAUCGACGAGAGCGACGACCCGGAAAUCCUAGAGUCAAUCCUCAACACCGUCCUCAACGAGUUUGAGCGUGCCUUCCUCGGCGGAAACGACGUCCACGCCUUGGUUGCCUCGCUCCCCGGCAUCACCCAAAAGAAGCUCCUCACCGUCUCGUCAUACUAUACCGCCCGUUCGGCCACAGACCGCCCCAUCAAGGGCCAUGAAUCCGCUCUGCUGCGCGAGGCCGCCGAGGGAAACGCCCGCAUCUACGCCGUCCUGGGUGGCCAGGGCAAUAUCGAGGAGUAUUUCGACGAGCUUCGCGAGAUCUACACCACCUAUCCCUCCAUGGUCGGCGAUUUCGUGCGUGAAGCCGCCAAGCUGCUGCUCGCUCUCGCCCGCGACCCCCGCGCGGAGAAGAUGUAUCCCAAGGGCCUCGAUGUCAUGCGCUGGCUGAACAACAAGGAGUCGCAACCAGAUACCCCUUAUCUGGUUUCCGCCCCCGUCAGUCUGCCCCUGAUCGGCUUGACCCAAUUGUCACAUUACGUCGUCACCUGCAGGGCCUUGGGCUGCACGCCAGGUCAAUUCCGGUCGAGACUGACCGGCGUGACCGGUCAUUCGCAAGGUGUCGUCACGGCUGCCGCCAUUGCCGCCGGCAAGGACUGGGACACGUUUGCGCUGGCGGCCAAGAAUGCCAUCACCAUACUCUUCUGGAUCGGGACCCGGAGCCAGCAAGCCUAUCCCCGCACCUCGCUGGCCCCGAAUACGCUGCAGGACUCGGUGAACCAUGACGAGGGCGAACCUACGCCCAUGUUGUCCAUUCGGGACCUGUCCAGGAAGGCGGUUCAGGACCAUGUCGACGCAACCAACGCCCACCUCCCCGAGCACCAGCGAAUCUCCAUCUCCCUCGUCAACAGUGCCCGGAAUUUUGUCGUCACGGGUCCUCCCAACUCCCUCCACGGCCUCAACCUGCGUCUGCGCAAGGUCAAGGCCGACACGAGCCUCAACCAGGCCAGGAUCCCGUUCAGUGAGCGCAAGGCCCGCUUCGUGAAUCGCUUCUUGCCCAUCACCGCGCCUUUCCAUAGCCCAUACCUGGCCGAGGCGACCAAGCAGCUCGAGGAUGACCUGACAGAUGUCGUGAUCCCCGGGAGCAGCCUUGGGAUCCCCAUGUACGACACCAGCACCGGCAAGGACGUCCGCGAAGAGGCCCCGGACAACAUUGUGCCCAACCUCGUCCGCAUGAUCACCACGGAUCCGGUGGACUGGGAGAAGGCGACCGUUUUCCCCAGAGCGACGCACAUUCUCGACUUUGGACCUGGAGGCAUCUCCGGCCUGGGCGUCUUGACCAACCGCAACAAGGAAGGUACAGGCGUCCGUGUCAUUCUGGCUGGCACCAUUGACGGGUCCAACCCCGAGGUGGGCUACAAGCCCGAGCUAUUUGACAGAGAUGCAGAGCACGCUGUCCGCUAUGCUCAGAACUGGCUCGACGAGUAUCGCCCGCGCCUCGUGAAGACGUCAACGGGCCAGACUUUCGUCGACACCAAGAUGAGCAGGAUGCUUGGUCUUCCGCCAGUCAUGGUCGCCGGUAUGACGCCCACCACCGUCCCGUGGGACUUCGUUGCGGCCACCAUGAAUGCCGGUUACGUCAUCGAACUCGCCGGCGGUGGUUACUUCGAUGAGCGGAUGAUGGUUGCGGCGAUUGAGAAGAUCGAAGCCGCGAUCCCCGCUGGUCGUGGAAUCACGGUGAACCUCAUCUACGUCAAUCCGGUUGCCAUGCAGUGGCAGAUUCCUAUGAUCAAGAAGCUUCGAGACAGAGGCAUCCCCAUCGAGGGUCUGACCAUCGGUGCGGGUGUGCCAUCCAUUGAUGUGGCGAACGAGUACAUUCGCACGCUGGGAAUCAAGCGCAUCGCUUUCAAACCCGGCUCCGUGGAGGCGAUUCAGGCGACGGUCAACAUUGCCAAGGCCAAUCCCGGCUUUCCCGUUGUGUUGCAGUGGACUGGUGGCCGUGGCGGUGGCCAUCAUUCCUUCGAAGACUUCCACCAGCCUAUCCUCCAGAUGUACAGCCGUGUUCGCAAAUGCGAGAAUCUCGUCCUCGUCGCAGGGUCCGGAUUCGGCGGCGCCGAGGACACCUACCCUUACCUCACCGGAGAAUGGUCCACACGCUUCGGCUAUCCUCCUAUGCCAUUUGACGGCUGCAUGUUCGGUAGCCGUAUGAUGACCGCCAAAGAGGCCCAUACGGCAAAGAAGGCGAAGGAGGCCAUUGUCAACGCGCCCGGCGUGGGAGAUGAGGAGUGGGAGAAGACGUACAAGGGACCUGCGGGCGGCGUCGUCACCGUCAUGUCCGAGAUGGGCGAGCCCAUUCAUAAGCUGGCCACGCGUGGCGUCCUGUUCUGGAAAGAAAUGGACGACAAGAUCUUCAGCCUUUCCAAACCCAAGAUGGUCGAACAAUUGAAGAAGAAGAGGAAUUACAUCAUCGAAAGGCUCAACAAGGACUUCCAGAAGGUCUGGUUCGGGCGCAACAAGAAGGGCGAGUCCGUGGAUCUCGAGGACAUGACGUACACUGAAGUUGUCGAACGUAUGGUGGAGCUGAUGUACGUCAGACACCAGUCGCGCUGGAUCGACGUGAGCUUGAUGCGCUUGACUGGCGAUUUCAUCCGUCGCGUCGAGGAACGCUUCAGCAAAGAGGAUCGACCCUCCGUCAUUCAGAGUUUUCAGGAGCUCCUGGACCCGUACGCUGUCAUCGCCAAGAUCUCGGAAGCGUACCCGGAGGCGUCGCAGCAGCUGAUAAGCGCCCAAGAUGUCCAGCAUUUCCUCAUGUUGUGCCAACGCCGUACUCAGAAGCCCGUUCCGUUCAUUCCUGUGCUCGACGAGAAUUUCCCCGUAUAUUUCAAGAAGGAUUCGCUCUGGCAGUCCGAGGACCUGGACGCAGUUGUUGACCAAGACGUUGGACGGACAUGUAUCCUGCAAGGCCCCAUGGCGGUGAAGUACUCGACAAAGGUGGAUGAGCCGAUUAAAGAGAUCCUCGACGGCAUUCACCAAAAGCACAUCCAGUAUCUUCUGCGCGAUGUUUACGGCGGUGAUGAGUCGAAGAUACCUUGUAUUGAGUACUUUGGAGGGAAGCCAAUAGGUACGCCCGAGGCCGUGGAUGUGGACGGCCUCGAUGUCUUGGAGAAAGAGAAUCGAGUCAUGUACCGCCUUUCCCACGAUCCCAAGUCUGUCCUGCCGGAUGUGCAGUCAUGGCUGCAACUCCUUGCUGGCAAGACGUAUUCAUGGAGGCAUGCCUUCUUCACUGCGGACAUCUUCGUCCAGGGAAAACGAUUCCAGACCAACCCGACGCAGAGAAUAUUUGCCCCCACGCAUGGCAUGACGGUUGAAAUCACGUAUCCCAAUGAACCAGCCAAGUCCGUCAUCACGCUCAUGGAGCCCAAUCAUGGCAAGUUGGUCAAGACCAUUGAGGUCAGCAUUUCCAAGGGUAACGAAAUCCAACUCAAUCUGUGUGAGGGACGGACCGCCUCGGGAGUGCCUGAUGCGCUCCCUCUCAAGUUCCAGUACCGUCCCGAUGUCGGCUACGCCCCAAUCCAUGAAAUCAUGGAGGGCCGCAAUGAUAGAAUCAAGGAAUUCUAUUACAGGAUCUGGUUCGGUGACGAGGCUUGUCCCUUCGAUACUCCCUUGACUUCUCGGUUCGACGGUGGCCGUGCCACCGUCACCAGCGAGGCCAUCAACGACUUUGUCCACGCAGUCGGCAACACCGGCGAGGAUUUCGUGGAUCGCCCCGAAAAGGAAGUGCUUGCGCCAAUGGACUUCGCCAUCGUGGCGGGUUGGAAAGCUAUCACCAAGCCCAUCUUCCCUCGGGCCAUUGACGGCGAUCUGCUCAAGCUCGUUCAUCUUUCCAAUGGCUUCCGCAUGCUACCCGGCGCCAAACCGCUCAGGAAGGGAGAUGUACUGGAUACCACCGCUCGCAUCAACGCGGUUCUCAACCAGGACUCCGGUAAGAUGGUGGAGGUGUGUGGGACCCUUACGCGGGACGGCCUGCCAGUCAUGGAAGUCACUAGCCAGUUCCUGUAUCGUGGUGCGUACAGCGACUUUGAGAAUACCUUUCAGCGCAAGAUCGAGACGCCCAUGCAGCUCCAUCUUGCAACCAAGAAGGAUGUCGCCAUCCUCAGCUCCAAGGAAUGGUUCAAUCUGGAAGAGCCAGGAUUUUCGCUCUUGAACGAGACGUUGACCUUCAAGUUGCAGAGCUUGGUAAGAUACAAAUCCAAGACGGUCUUCAGCAGUGUCGAGACCAUUGGUCAAGUCCUGCUGGAGCUUCCAACCAAGGAGAUCAUCCAGAUUGCCUCCGUCCACUACGUGGCUGGCGAGUCGCACGGGAACCCCGUUCUGGACUAUCUGCAGCGCAACGGCUAUGCCCUUGAUCAGCCGGUCCAUUUCGAGAACCCGAUUCCUUUGCACCACAAGACACCGCUCACACUGAAGGCUCCAGCAUCAAAUGAAACCUACGCUCGCGUAUCCGGAGACUAUAACCCCAUCCAUGUCUCGCGCGUCUUCUCACAGUAUGCAAACCUGCCUGGCACAAUCACCCAUGGCAUGUACACUAGCGCUGCAGUGCGUAGCUUCGUGGAAACCUGGGCUGCGGACAACAAUACUGGUCGCGUUCGCAGCUACCACGUCAAUCUCGUCGGGAUGGUACUGCCAGACAAUCUGCUUGACAUCAACCUCCAGCAUGUAGGAAUGGUCUCCGGCCGCAAGAUUAUCAAGAUCGAGGUGAUCAACAAGGACACGGAGGAGAAGGUCCUUGUAGGUGAGGCUGAGGUCGAGCAGCCGACCACGUCGUACGUGUUUACCGGCCAAGGUUCGCAAGAGCAGGGUAUGGGUAUGGAUCUGUACAACAGCAGCCCCGUUGCGAAGGAAGUGUGGGACCGUGCUGAUAAGCACUUCAUGGAUAACUACGGUUUCGCCAUUACAAACAUCGUGAAGAACAAUCCCAAGGAACUCACCAUCCACUUCGGAGGUCCCCGUGGCAAGGCGAUUCGUCAGAACUACAUGUCCAUGACGUUCGAGACGGUCAACGCAAAUGGCGAGACCAAGACGGAGAGGAUCUUCAAGGAUAUUGACGAGGACACGCCGUCGUACACGUACCGCGCACCCAAUGGCCUGCUAUCGGCUACGCAAUUCACCCAACCAGCGCUCACACUCAUGGAGAAGGCUUCUUUUGAGGAUAUGCGCGCGAAGGGCCUCGUCCAACGCGAUAGCAGUUUUGCUGGACACUCGCUGGGCGAGUAUUCCGCGCUGGCCGCGCUGGCAGAAGUCAUGCCCAUCGAGAGUUUGGUUUCCGUGGUGUUCUACCGUGGCUUGACCAUGCAGGUCGCUGUGGAGCGUGACGAGGCUGGCAGGUCUAAUUACUCCAUGGUGGCGGUUAACCCGAGCCGGGUGCACAAGACAUUCAGUGAGGAAGCGCUGAAGUACGUGGUCGGCAUUGUCGCGGAGCAGACAAAAUGGCUCCUCGAGAUUGUCAACUACAACGUCGCCCACAUGCAAUAUGUCGCAGCCGGGGAUCUGCGAGCAUUGGACUGUCUGAUCAACGUCCUCAGCUUCAUCCACAAGGAGAAGAUCGACAUCCAGGCGCUCCAGCAGACGUUAUCCCUGGAACAAGUCAAGACACACCUUGUAGAGAUCAUUCGGGGCGCCGCGGAGAGAACCGAAGCCAAACCCAAGCCCCUCGAACUCCAGCCUGGAGUCGGGACCGUCCCUCUCAAGGGCAUCGACGUCCCCUUCCACAGCACGUUCUUGCGUUCCGGUGUGAAACCAUUCCGAAGCUUCCUGCUCAAGAAGAUUCUCAAGACAUCCAUUGAUCCCUCCAAGCUGGUCGGCAAAUACAUUCCCAACGUGACGGCCAAGCCGUUUGAACUCACCAAGGAAUACUUUGAAGACGUGUACCGGCUAACCAAUUCUCCAAGGCUCGCGAAGAUCAUUGCAAAUUGGGACAGCUAUGAGGAUAAGGAGAAGGUGAAGCAGGCUGCAUGA